AUGUGGUUUAGAAAAGAUGACAAGCUAAGUGUCGAAGACACUAACUCCCUCAAUGAAAAAGUGCUCAACAAGAGAUCCAAUGAAGAGCAAGAAUUGUUCACUGACACAUCCAGUUACAACACCGACAAAGCUUCUAGCGUAGAUGGUCCAGGUUCUACCAAAAGAACUUUGUAUAAUAGACAUUUACAACUCAUAGCAAUUGGUGGUUCUAUUGGAACCGGUUUAUUUGUCACCAUUGGUACUACCGGUUUGGUUAAUGGUGGUCCGCUAGGCCUUUUAAUGUCAUAUUGCAUAUCUACAAUGUUGGUUCUUUUGUUAACUACUGCUAUUGGAGAAAUGGUGCUGUACAUGCCAGUAGAUUCCCCUUUUUUGAACAUGGCUGGUCGUGUCAUCGACCCAGCUUUCGAAGCUGCAGCUUCAGUUAAUUUUUGGUUAAUGCAAAGUCUUUAUAUCCCCACAGAAAUCACUGCUGUGAAUACUAUAAUCCAUUUUUGGCGUGAUGAUUACUCACCUGCAAUCACUUUUGUUAUUCAAAUUGUCAUUUACGCCAUUAUCAAUAUGUACGCAGUUCGUGUGUUUGGUGAAUGUGAGUUUUGGUUUUCAUUGGCAAAAUUGACCCUUUGUGUUGGGUUGUUGUUCUUCACAUUGAUUACCAUGUGUGGGGGAAAUCCUCAACAUGAUGCAUUUGGCUUUAGAAAUUGGAAUGUUGCUGGUGGACCUAUAGGAAUGAAGUAUGCAACGGGGAGCUUGGGUAGAUUUCAAGGCUUUUUGGCUUCACUUAGAUUAUCAAGUUCUUUCACCUGUGUUGGUAGUGAAUACGUUAGUAUGACUGCUGGUGAGUGUGUCAAUCCUAGAGUCAACAUGGCCAUUGCUUUCAGAACUGUGUUGUACCGAUUGGUGUUUUUUUACGUUGGUGGAGCAUUAUCGGUUUCAAUCUUGAUUGCAUACAAUGAUCCGAAAUAUGUUGCAUUAACAUCAGCAAGCUCUAAUGGUGCUUCUUCGCCAUAUGUUGUCGCCAUGCAAAAUUUAGGAAUUCUGGCUCUACCGCACAUUGUCAAUGCAGUUAUUGUAACAGCAGCAUUCUCUGCCGGUUGCUCAUACACUUAUACAUCAUCAAGAUGUUUAUACAAUUUGGCCAAAAAGGGCUUUGUUCCUAAAUUCUUCAGAAUUUGUACCAAGAAAGGUAUUCCUAUUUAUUGUGUCCUUGUUUCAUGUUGUUUUGCGUUAUUGUCAUUAUUACAAUUAGGUAAAUCUGGAAGUGUUGCAUUAAAUUAUAUGUUCAAUUUGGUUACUGGUGCCCAAAUUCUCAAUUAUGGAUUCAUGGGUAUUAUUUAUAUUGCAUUUUACCACGCCGUCAAAGCACAAGGAAUUGAUCGUACAAAGUUCACUUAUAGAUCGUGGUUCCAACCAUACUCCAUUUAUUUUGCUACAUUCUUGUAUUGGUGUAUUAUUGGAUGUUUGGGAUACCAAGUGUUUUUGCCAGGAAUGUGGGCAGUUGAUGAUUUCUUGUUUAGUUAUGUUAUGAUCUUUGUUUCCUUGGCAGUUUACAUUGUUUGGAAAGUUGUAAAGAGGACAAAGUUUAUUAAGCCAAUUGAUGCUGAUUUGACAACAGGUCUUGAUGAAAUUGAAGCCCAUGAAGCUGAAUUUUAUGCACAAAUGGAACAAAGUAGUCAAGAUGAAAAGAAGAGCAGGUGGAAAGGCUAUUUGAACUGGAUAUUCUAA